AUGCCUCCUAGAAAGAAAUCAGUAGGACGACGAUCUGAACCAAAAUUAUUUCGUUGUACAGGGUUUGGUGAUUGUGAUAUGGUUUUUACAAGAAGUGAACAUUUGGCUCGUCAUGCUAGAAAACACACUGGUGAAAAACCGUUCAAAUGUGUUGUACCAGGAUGUGAUAGAAUGUUCAGUCGAUUCGACAAUAUGAUGCAGCAUACUCAAACUCACAAUCGAAGCAAUAAAAAGAAAUCAUCCAAAGCUGGUGAUUAUGAAGAAUAUAAAAGGAAUCGAUCUCACAGCAUUCAACAUACAUCAUCACCAUUAACUUCAUCUGUACAACAACCAAUGUAUCAAACAAAUUAUCCUCCUCCUCCACAGUGGCAACCACGUUCACCUUCACCAGGGUAUAAUCAAUCCAUGAUCGAAAGUCGUACGUUACCUCCUCCUCGAAGAAUGUCAUUCAGUCAAUCAUUUUAUCCACCACCUUUAUCCAAGUCACCUUCUUUACCUGAUUCACCUGAAGAACCCAUGUCUGCUACUUUCCGAUCAUCACCAUAUUAUACAAUGCCACCUACAACGCCUGGCAUUUUUGACUAUCCAACGCGCCGUCCAUCUUACCGUCGUGGCUCUUUACAAUCCGUGUCUACCACCACAUCUACAUCAUCCACUUCAUCGGCUUCAUCAGAUGCUGCGGCUGCUGCUGCAGUUCUUACUUGUCGUUCAUCUGCUGCUGAAACUCCUGGUCGACGUCGUCGUCUUUCCGCGGCUGAUUUACAAGCACCCAUCUAUAGUCUCCAAGAGGAAGAACAAGAAGUCCAUCCUUUGACCAAAAGUCCACCGGCGGUAGUAGAUAUUACAUCAGAUGAAUAUGAAGCGUUACAAGGUUUUGGUAAAUUCUCACAACAACAAGUCUUACCGGCCAUCCAACCCAAUCAAAAUAAUACUGAUUCUCCAAGGUUAUCUGCUCAAGUGGCUGCUUUUCGUCAAAAACGUAUGCCUGUACAAGAAUCCUUCCAACGACCGGUGAAAAAUAAUGCCAUGUGA